AUGAAUUUAGUUUUCUUGAAGAAUCUUGUUGUUAGAUCAUUUAGAAAUUACAGCAAUAUAUCUAAUUUAAAAAGGGUGAGAACAAGGAGGGAUAUGGAGAUCAAGACGCGGGAAGAUCCUAUAGUUUUAAAGUUAGAUACAGCAGAGUUCCACAACAUAUUUACUCCAGAAGUGUUAGACUUGAAAAAACUUUUUGAGAAAUAUCAAUAUGAAAUCAGAAUAGCUGGUGGUGCUGUGAGGGACUUGUUACUCGGCCAGCCUGCAAAGGAUCUUGAUUUUGCAACAACGGCUACACCACAACAGAUGAAAGAAAUGUUUAUUACUGAGAAUGUCAGAAUGAUUAACAUGAGUGGUGAAAAACAUGGAACUAUCACUCCGAGGAUAAAUGAUAAAGAGAACUUUGAAGUCACCACAUUGAGAGUUGAUAUGAUCACGGACGGUAGACACGCUGAGGUUGAAUUCACUAAGGACUGGAAACUGGAUGCUAAUAGACGAGAUCUGACAAUAAAUUCUAUGUUUUUAGGAUUUGAUGGUUCCGUCUAUGAUUACUUUUAUGGGUACGAAGAUUUGAUGAAAAGAAAGGUUGCAUUCGUCGGUGAUCCUGAUGUAAGGAUAAAAGAAGAUUUUCUAAGGAUAAUGCGGUACUUCCGUUUCUAUGGCAGGAUAGCUGAAAAGCCUGAUAACCACGACCAGCACACACUUGAUGUUAUAAAGCAAAACGCUGAUGGACUCCAAGGUGUAUCUGGAGAGAGAAUAUGGAUGGAAUUAAAGAAAAUACUACAGGGAAAUUUUGCUGGGGACUUACUAAAAACUAUGCUUAAUCUAGAUAUCGGCAAAUAUAUAGGUUUACCAGCACCAAAUUUGGAAGAAUUUGAGAGUUUAUUAAAGAGAAGCGAACACCUCAACUUGCAUCCUAUGACCUACCUGGCAGCGUUAUUAAACACUAUAGAUGAUGUAACAAUAUUACAUACUAGACUCAAAUUUUCCAGUUACGAAAGAGAUAUGGCUUAUUUUAUAGUUGAACAUAGACCAGAUAAAGAAGCUUCUAGGCCGCUUCUGCCAUAUGAAAAACUGGUUUUGAAUACAAAAAUUAAACAGAAAGAUGCAAUCGAUUACGUACGUGAAGUACUGAAAUACCGCGGAGACGAAAAGUUACUUGAAAUGUUCAAUAAAUGGGAAGUGCCAAGGUUUCCGAUGACAGGGAAACUUCUAAAAGAAAAUGGCGUGCCACCUGGGAAGAUGUACGGCCAAAUUAUAAAUAAACUGAAGGAAUACUGGAUAGAACAAGAAUAUAAGGACUCGGCGGAGGAUUUAAUCAAAUUAAUACCAAGUAUAAUAGAUGAAUGUAAGACAAAAUAA